AUGCCUCCUCUCGCUGAUGACCGUUACCGCGUUAGAGCGGCAUCCAUGGCUGCUCUCGCCGCAUCGCCUUCCGAGUCCGCGUCUUCUCAACCCUCUUCCUGUCAACCCUCCUCUGUCUCGCCGCUCGAAGGAGCCUCAUUUCUCGAAACCGCGUCGUCUGGACCUUCUUUCGCUGCCUCGUCCCUCAGAACACCGUUGCGUGAUGAUCGUGAUCAUGCAAAACAUGAUCAUGUGAAACAUGAUAAGUCACCAUGCGCUGCCUCGUCUUCCCAAAUAGAAUCCUCGUCUCCCCAAGAAGCAUCCUCCCACAGAACAUCGAGUUCCCCGAAAUCAGCGGCGUCGUCGGACUGCUGUCGAUCGCGCGUCGACUCCGAUGCUUCAGUUCAUCGAGUCGCCAACCACGCGCGCGCCUCAAGCAUGGACUCUGAGGGUGCGCGCGAGCAGCGUCGGGGGAGGGAGGAUACGGAGCGGAAUGAUAGAGUGGGCAUGGUUGUAGAGCGGGCUUGGAGUCGCAGAAGGGAUUCGCUAGUCGUCGCAGAUGCGUCGUCGCGGGAUACCGUCGCAGAGUCGCACGAGCGUGCGACGGAGGGAUCCACGUCGGUACGCCGGCGUGGCGUUCGCAGCUCGUUUCAUCAUCCCUCCACACGUGAAACUGCCUCCCAACUCGCCGUUUCAACUCCCGCUUCCCAUGUCCCCGUUCGCCGAGCGCAACGACACGUGGCGCCGCCGUACGGAGGGACGUACGGAUCCUGCGGUUCCGUACUCGCUAUGAUCUGCCUCGUUAACCUCGUCUCGUGCUCGUCCGCGGUGUCCGUCCUGGCCGCCGCGAAAGCCGCCGCGAAAGCCGCUCCACCACCGACGAGCCAGCCGAGCGUUCUGCCGGCCUCGUGCUUCUUCGCGCUCCAGGCGUGCGAUUUCGCCUUCAACAACUCACUCGGCUUCGUGCCGCUCUACGCACUCUCAGUCAUCCAGCCCGACGUGCCCUUCACACAGGGCAUCAUGCACAGCAAGCGAUCGGCGCCGGCAAUAUCGGGAAAGCUCAAGCCGCAGUGCAAAGCUGUUAGCGUCUGGAAGUUCAAAGCACUCAAGUGCCCGCCACUCGCAAUAGUUCCUCCCUCCAGCUCUGAGUCUCCAAGCAUUCGCUUUGCAGCUAAAGGACAAGUGUCAGGAACUGGGUACAGUGGAGCAUGCUUCACCAUGAGUUUCUCGCAAUUAUUGGUGAAGCUAGGGAGUGGCCCAAAGGGUAUUCUUAAAUUGACAUCAGGGGAUGGCAAUACACAAUUUCCAGAGAACCGAAGAUCCUGGCGGGAGCAUGCUCAGGGAGGAUCCGAGCACGAGCAGCACGGGCAGCAGCAGAACGGGCAGUUUGCGCAGCAAACGUGGGAGCACGGGCAGCAGCAGAACGGGCAGUUUGCACAGCAAACGUGGGAGCAUGGGCAGCAGCAAAACGGGCAGUUUGCACAGCAAACGCACGAGUUUGGACAGCAGCAGAACGGGCAGUUUGCCCAACAAACGUGGGAUCACGGGCAGCAGCAAAACGGGCAGUUUGCGCAGCAAACGUGGGAGCACGUUCAGCAGCAAAACGGGCAGUUUGCGCAGCAAACGCACGAGUUCGAGCAGCAGCAGAACGGGCAGGUUGUGCAGCAAAUGCACGACCUCGGGCAGCAACAGAACGGGCAGUUUGUGCAGCAAACGUUCGAGCAUGCGCCUGAGAGAAGGGAGCCGCGGCCCAGGAUGGUUCAGGCGUGGGACUGGGAUGGUGUGGAGGCACGAGGAGCAGAGGUGGGAGUGAGAGAGAGGGAGAUCGAGGCGUGGAGGGAGGGUCUUUGGCGCGGCGAGGAUGGUGAUCAGGCUGUGAAGGCUGAACCAGAAGAAGGGGAGCGAGUGACCUGCUCGCCUGGCGUCCCUUCGCAUGAUGACCUUUGCCCUGUCAGCGUUUCGCCUGGUAGCAAUCCGUGUGGUAACAUUUCGCAUGGGUUGUCGGAUCUGCGUCCUUCUGACCAGGCUGCUGCAGGAAACGGGGUUGGGGGGAGGCGAGUUGUGAGCUAUGGGGACAUUGAGGCGGAAACAAGGGGGGAGGAGGUGCCUGGUUUGGCGAGUAACGCUUGGCCUGGUAACCCUUCGCCUGCUGCUGCGAACGCUAUCCAGAGAAGGAGAGUUGUGGACUAUGGGGACAUUGGCGCGGAAGCAAUUGGGGAGGAGGUGCCUGGCUUGGCGUGUAACGCUUGGCCUGGUAACCAUUCGCCUGCUGCAGCGAUCGGCUUUGAGAGAAGGAGAGUUGUGAGCUAUGCUGAUGUUGGCCUGGAUGAAAGGGAGGAGGCUUCUGCUACUCUCUCUGCCGCACAUCGCCCCACUGCCACUCUCUCUGCCCCACGCCGCCCCCUAACGAGUCUCUCCGCCCUGCUUCGGCGAUUCUUAGGAGACGAAGCCGCUGCAAAGCCAACCCUGGAGCCGGCGGUGGGGGAGAGAGGGGCUGUGGAGUUGACUCGCGAUUCAGAAGCAGGUGAAACACCAGCUGGUUUCAAUUCAAGGGAAGGUGAAGCAACAGUUGGUUCCAAGUCUGUGGUUGGUCGGAAUUCAGGGCCAGGUGAAACAGCAGGUGGUUUCAUUUCAACGGCAGGCGAACCAACAGUUGGUUCAGUGGUUGGUCCGAAUUCAGGGGCAGGUGAAACAGCAGGUGGUUCUAAUUCAAGAGCAGGUGAAGCUGCAGAGGGAGUGGUUCACGCGCCUGUGGGCCGUGAAGAGGCCGCGGAAUUGGAGGAAGGGGAGAUUGGAGAAGAGGAGGUUGAGGCUGGGGAGGAACAGGGCGAGGAGGUCUGGAGGCGUGCGGAUCAAGCAGAGGCGAGGGAAAGAGGUGGAGGGGGCGAGAGAGCAGCGGUGGUUUUGAGGGGAAGAGGUGGGGAGGGCGAGAGAACAGCGGUGGAUCAAACAGAGUCGAGGGGAAGAGGUGGAGAGGGUGAGGAAGUUAGGAGAGGAGAGGAAGACGCGCAGGUGCUGGGUGUGGUGGGGGAGAGUCGAGAGGUAAGGAGCGGAGCGGAUGGGGAUGUGAGGAGCGGAGCGGAUGGGGAUGUGAGGAGAGGAGGUGAGCUUGAGGGAGUGCCGUGUGGAGAGGUCCAGGAGAUGAGAAGCAGUGAGGGGCAAGAGAAGGGUGUGGAAGGGUAUGAUGGGGUGGGAAAUGGUGAUGGGAGGGCAUCUGGUGGAGCGGCAGUAGCUUGUGCUGGCAAAGAUGGGAAGCAGCAGCAGGAUGGGAAGGAGAAGCGAGAUGAGGAGAGAGGGAGUGUCCGAGUGGGGGUAGCUGGUGCUGAGGAGGGGAAGGAAGGGAGGGGCGUGGCCGAGAAGGAAGAGAGGGGAGAGGAGGAGAAGGAAGAGAGGUGGGAGGAGGAGAAGGAAGAGCGGGGAGAGGAGGAGAAGGAAGAGAGGGGAUUAGAGAAGGAAGAGCGGGGAAAGAAGGAGGAGAAGGAAGAGAGUCCCACAGCCCCACAGCCUUCGCCACAGCCGGAGGGUUUGCUACAGCCUGAGAGGCAAGCAGUGCCAGUCAUUCGGCUGCAGCCGGGAAGUCAACCGCAGUCUGGGAGUCUGCAACAGCCGGAGGGAUCGCUACUGCCGGAGGGUUUGCUACAGCCGGCUGCCCUUGAACCUGCUAUGCCCACAGGUCAGCAGCAGAAGAAGCCUGUGACCUUCAAGCUCGCUCCUCUCAAGAAGCCGGCUGGUAAAGACGGGGGGAAACGAGGUGGGGGUGGAUUGGAGAAGGCGGGGAUACCUAAGGGGCUUGAGGGCCUGAAGCAAGCCAAGGCUGCAGUGGUCAAGGGGACUGGCUCAGAAGGUGCAGCGGCAGCAGCAGAGGGGGCAGUGUGUAAAGGGAAUGACCUAGGGGUUGCAGCAGCAGCAGCUGAGGGAGCAGUGGGUAAAGGGACUGGGCAAGAGGGUGCGGCAGCAGUGGAGGGGCGUCAAGAGAAGUCUGUAACAGGGGAGGAGAGUCGACAAAUGGCUGUAGCAGGAGAGGGGGGUCAACAAACGGCUGUAGCAGUGGAGGAGAGUCAACGGAAGGUUGUAGCUGGGGAGGGGAAUCAGCCACAGGGUGUAGCAGGGGAGGAGGGUCAACACAAGUCUGUAGCAGCGGAGGAAAAGAGUCAACAAAUGGCUGUAGCAGGGGAGGAGAGUCAACAGAAGGCUGUAGCGGGGGGGGAGAAUCAACAACAGGGUGUAACGGGGGAGGAGAGUCAACAGAAGUCUGCAGCAGCGGAGGAGAGUCAACACGAGUCUGCAGCAGCAGCGGAGGAGAGUCUACAGAAGUCAGUAGCAGGGGAGGGGAGCCAACGAGAGGCUGUAGCUGAGGAGGAGAGUCGGCAAGAGGCUGUUGGAAGACAAGCUACUGUAGCAGAAGAGGCCGAGUGGGCAACUGUAGCAGAAGACAUGAGUCAACGCAAGUCUUCAAUUGGCAAGGGGGCAAAGCAAGCCACUGUUGCAGAGAAAACGAGUCAACGCAAGUCUUCAGUGGUCAAAGUGGCUAAGCAAGCGAUUGCUGCAGCGGACACGAGAAAACUCAAGACGGACUCCCUAGGGUCUGAGAUGCACUCUCAGGAAUCCCCGAUGCUGGCAUUGCUGUCCCUGGCGAACCUAGCUCACACCGCUGCUGGUACUGCCGAACCUGUGGUUCCCGCCGGACCUGCAUUUCUUGCCGGACCUACGCCUCCUCCGAAGCUGGCCCCGAUCCUGGAAUCUGCUUCUCCUGCCGAGCCUGCUGCCACCACACCUCUACCCGAGCCUGUGUCUGCACUAGAACCUGCUUGGAAAUCUUCUCCUGCACGUGUGGCUAAGCGUUCCCUGUUGUUUGAAACCCCUCAGGAAGAGAAGGAAGAGGAGGGGGAGGAAGCAGAGGGGAAUGGGGAGGAGGAGAGGGAAGAAGAGGAGAAGGAAGUAGAGGAGAAGGGGGAAGUAGAGGGUAAUGGGGAGGAGGAGGAAGAAGAGGAGGAGGAGACACAGUUUGAGAACCCAUGGGACCUGGUUCUGAACGUGCAUGCAUCUUCAGGGUCUGACUCCGGGAGUGAAGGAGGGGGAGAGAACGAGGGGGAGAGGGGUGGAGAGAGCGGGGGAGAGAGGGGGGUAGGAAGGAAGCCGGGAGUUGUGUCUGGGGUGCUGGAGGAGUUACCAGUGCUGCAGGGUGUGUUCGAGCUUCCGAGACCAGAGAUUGCAAUUUUUGAGCCAACGCCGGAGAAGGGCGGGAGGGGAGGUGUUGGUGGUGGUUCUGAUGGUGAGGAGGAGGAGGAUGAAGAUGUUGAUCCUUGGAGCCUGGAUCUGCUGCCGUGUGGUGACGUGGCAGGUGCAGGUGACGUGGCAGGUGCAGCUGACGUGACAGGUGCAGCUGACGUGGCAGGUGCAGGCGACGUGGCAAAUAGAGGAUUAGGGAAAGGAAACGAAGUCACCAGGGGAGGAGGCACAGAUGGGAGUAAGGCGAAGGAAGGGGGAGAAGGAAUGGGGAGGGAGCAGGGGGAGGUUGCAGCAGUAGUGGAGGCUGGCGACGCAAAUGCAAGAGAUUCAGGUAACGCAAGGGAUGCUGGUUUGAGUGGUAAAAAUACGACUGGUGGUGGUGAGAGUGCACGUGAGGAGAUUUAUAACGGAGAAAGUGCUUAUAAUGAGGACACAAGUGGUGGGGAUUCGUUUAUCGAUCUUGCAUCUGAUACAAUUGAAACGAGUGCCGAAGCUGCUGUGGCUGCUGGUGAUGAAGGUUCGACUGGUGAAGUCACAGGUGCUGAGAAACCUUCUAAGCGAUUACCUGAGAAUUUAUUUGAGGAGAAUAUACCUGAGGAAUCCCCUGCUGUUGUUUCAAUCGGUGCAACUGUUGCAAGUGCUGGAGCUGCUGCUGCAGCCAGUGCUGAUGUGCCACCUGGCGUGCCACCAACGAAUCUGCUGACGUAUUCAAGAAAAAAAGCAGGGGGUGGUGCGAGUGCAAGUCAAGAAGGGCUUGACGGUGACGUGGGAUCGAAAACGGGAGAAGCGGGAGUGAGAGGAGGAGAGGGCAAUGCCCCUGCGGCAGCAAGCGGGGCAGGUGGAUCUGGAACAGGUGUAUCUGUGGCUGCAGGGAAGGCAGGUGCAUCUGUUGCAGCAGGAAAUGGAGGUGUAUCUGCAGCUGUGGGAAAGGCAGCAGCUGCAGGUGUAACUGGGGGAGGUGUACCUGCCACUGCAGGCGUAACUGGGGGAGGUGCAUCUGCGGCUGCAGGUGUGAGGAUAUUGCAUUCUGACAAUCACUUGACAUCACAUGUCUCCCACGCUUUCUCCCUCUCCCACGCUUUCUCCCUCUCCCACGCUUUCUCCCUCUCCCACGCUUUCUCCCUAUCCCAUGCUUUCUCCCUAUCCCACGCUUUCUCCCUCUCCCACGCUUUCUCCCUCUCCCACGCUUUCUCCCUCUCCCACGCUUUCUCCCUCUCCCACGCUUUCUCCCUCUCCCACGCCUUCUCCCUCUCCCACGCUUUCUCCCUCUCCCACGCUUUCUCCCUCUCCCACGCUUUCUCCCUCUCCCACGCUUUCUCCCUCUCCCACGCUUUCUCCCUCUCCCACACUUUCUCCCUCUCCCACGCUUUCUCCCUCUCCCACGCUUUCUCCCUCUCCCACGCUUUCUCCCUCUCCCACGCUUUCUCCCUCUCCCACGCUUUCUCCCUCUCCCAUUCUCUCAGGUUCGUGGCACAGCAGCUCUACACGCGCUCCUCCUCAGGCUUCUCGCUUCGCCGCUCAGGUGCUCUUUUGCUCUUUCGCUCUUUUUCUCUGUUGCUCUGUUGCUCUGUUGCUCUUUUGCUCUUUUGCUCUCUCUUGCUCUCUUGCUCUUUUGCUCGUGUGCGGGCGGCCCGUGGUGCGAAGAGCCUGCAGUGGAACAAGGAGCAGCAGGAGCAGGAGAAGAAAGCGAGAGAGGAGGCCACAAAAGCAGCGGCAGAAGCUUCCAGGAAGCAGCGGCAGCGCAAAGAGGCAUUGGAGAAAGCAAAGAAGGCGAUUGCGAGGAGCCAAGCAGAGCAGCGGGCCAAGAGACGGGCAGAAAAAGAGCGCAUCCGGGCAGAGAACGCAAAAGUUAAGGCUGCCCGGAUGGCUGCUAGGGUGGCGGCGAAAAAAGCUGGUGCUGCUAUUCUUGCAGCAAGGCGGCAGCAGACCAAGGACAAGUCGCCACGUGGCAAGGCACAUGCACACGCACACCUGCCCGUGCCGCUCACUGCUGCUCUCGCUGCCACGAGCUACAGGCGUGUGGGCAGGCAGGGCAGCCAGCUGGUGCGGGACUCAAAGGCUGCCAUGCGCACAGCUGCUGGAGCCCGGGUGCGCUACAGCCUUCAGAACGCGCGCUACAGGCGGCAAAAGCAGCAGCAGCAGCUGUGCCAGUACUUUACUCGGCUGGGGCAGUGCCGCAAAAAGGAUUGUCGUUUCCUGCACGAUGCGAGCAAAGUGGCGCUAUGUGUGCGGUUCAUAAGGGGGAUGGAGUGCGACGAGUCUCGAUGCAAGCUGACUCACAAGAUUAUCCCCGAGCGAAUGCCUGACUGUACCUUCUAUUCCAAGGGCACAUGCAGCAACAAGCCUUGUGUGUAUCGGCACGUGAAGCUGCCUCCAAGCACACCCGUGUGCCCUGAAUUUCUCAGAGGAUACUGUGAGAAAGGGCUGGCAUGCACACAGCAGCACACAUAUGAGUGUCCCGAGUUUGCUUCUAAAGGGGAUUGCGCUGCAGGCAAGAAGUGCAGGCUUUGGCACAGGAAGAAGGCAGAGGAAGGGAGUGGAAAGGGUGGGGGGAAGAAGAGAAAGAAAAGUGAGGAGAGUGAGGACGAGAGGGAGGAGGAGAGUGAGGAGGAGGGUAUGGAGGAGAGUGAGGAGGGGAGUGAGGAGGAGACAGGGGUGGAGAAUGAGGAGAUUGCAGAGAAGAGUGUGGGGGAGGAGGAAGAGGAGAGGUUGGACGAAGAAGAGAAACUGAAGGUUGGGAAGGGAAGAGGGAGAAACACUUUGAAGCUUUUUGGUGGUGAUAGUGAGGAGGAGAGGGAGGAGGGGAGAGAGGAGGAGGGUGAAGAAGAAGAGGAGGAGGAGAGGGAGGAUGAAGAGAGGAGGUUGUUGAAAUUGUUUGGUGAGGAUAGUGAUGAGGAGGAGGAGGAAGAAAAGAAGGAGAGCGAGGAGAGUGAGGAGAGCGAAAAGGAGAGUGAGGGGAGCGAGAAGGAGAGUGAUUAUGAACCGGAGAAUGAGGAGGAAAGUGAGGAAGAGUGGGAUGGUGGGGAGAGGGAGGAGCAAGGGAGCGAGGAAGAGGAGGAAGAAGAGGAAGAAUAG